AUGGAUGACCAGUGUAGUUGGAUUGGAACAAACCAGGUUGCUGAUGUAGAGUUGGGGGACGACGGAAGAUUGGAAGAGAUGGAAGAGGAAGGUUGUCCACCCACGAUAGCUGGUAACAACUACAUGUCUACUCCUCAACAAAAUGACAAACUAUCGAUGGAAGAUGAUCAGCCGGUAGACCCACCAUACUGUUAUAUUGUUGCUUUCUUUUCUUCAUCUGCAUUAGCGCUUGCAUGCAUGCACUGCAUCCUAAUACAGGCCAACUAA